CAGGUGCAGUGACCCACACGCUCUCCACGGCACUGCUGGUAUUUGAGCUGACGGGGCAGAUGUCGCACGUGCUGCCAGUGCUCAUUGCGGUCCUGGUGGCCAAUGCCCUGAGCCAGCGCUGCCAGCCCUCUUUCUUCGAUGGCAUCAUCAUCGUCAAGAAGCUGCCCUACCUUCCCAAGCUCAGCGUGGGCAAGAGCGGGGCCCAUGACAUCUACGCAGAGGAUUUUAUGGUCACAGAUCUCAAAUUCCUGCCCCGGGACUGCAGGUACAAGGAUGUGCGGGGCCUGCUCAAGAGCUCUGGCCUUAAACAGUUCCCCCUGGUGGACACCCAAGAGUCCAGGAUCUUGCUGGGCUCCAUCCGGAGGAAACACCUGGCCAAGCUGCUAUCAGAGCAGCUGAGCACGGAGAAGCGAUUCCAGUAUUUGCUCCACCAGUCUGAGGUCAGCAGCAUCGCAGAGCCUCUUCUAGGUGAGGAUGGAGCUUUGGGGAGCCCAGAGGAGAAGCCAGAAAUGCCAAGGGCUGUGACCAAGCAGGGCGAUGGACAGUCAUUGAAGGAGGAGGAGCAAAGUGCCCAGCUGUCUGUCAAGAUGAAAGAUGUCCGUCACUUGGUGGAGGAGUGGGAAUGCCAGCAGCUGCAGGGGCUGGUCCGGUUGGAGGAGCUACCCAUCGACCCAGCCCCCUACCGGUUGCUGGAGAAAGAAACACUCUAUCAGUGUUAUGACCUCUUUAACCUGCUGGGACUGCGGACAGCAUACGUCACCAACAUGGGCCAGCUGGUUGGUGUGGUCAGCCUCCGAGAGCUCAAAGCCGCUGUGGAGGGAUCAGUCAAGGGCACUUUCGCCAAGCGCCAGCCCCAUGAUGAGGGGCAAGUCGAAGGAGACCCCGAUCCCAAUGGAUCCUCAGCCUAGCAGGGACUGGAACAUGCGGCCUACUCCUGAUUCCACAUUCCUCUGGAGCCCAUGGGGGACAGGGCAGGGGGAGCUACCACUUAGCCCCUCUCUGUUUCUCUUGCACUCCAGCUAUAAUAGCCCUGGCCAUUCCAGCAACCCCUAAAUUAUUAAACCUCCAUUUUCUGCCCUCACUGAAUAAUGUGAGUAACUUUUGGCAGCUCCACUCAAAAUCACCCAGUAAAGAUCCAGUUACAUUUUUUGUCGGUGUUUAUUAUUCCUCCUUUCUACAUCUUUCUAGGGGGCUGGACGGUUAGAGCUGUGGGCUUGGGAGCCAGUACUCCUGGGUUUUCUGUCCAGCUCUGAGUGGGGAGUGGAGGCUGGUGGGUAGAACAGGGAGGCAGACUCCUGGGUUCUCUCUCCUGAAUGUGGAGAUGUGAUGUAACAAGCUAGUUGAUUCUGCAAGCAGGCAAAGAGACUCCAGCCACAGUCAUGAUGAAACUCAUGGUCAUCGUGGUGCCUGGAUGUGAGAUGAUGCCAUCAUGUUCCUACACAAUGACAACAUGGUCUUGUGUUGUCACAGGUGCACUGUGGGAUGAUGUUUUUCCGUUGAUGAUAUCGUAGGGUAGAUGUAACCUCUCAGCAUUGUGUUUGACAUCAGGGCCUUCUGCUGUUGAUAUGCUGGAAGCUGUGUUUGGUCACUGGACACCCCAGUGACUUUGUGGCUGCAUUUGGUGACAUCAUAGUCUCACAUUGCAGCAUAAUGCCACAAUAUCAUCAUGCACCAUCAGGAGUGGCCAGGAGGAGUAUGUGGGGCUAUGGUAGACUGAGGAAUAACUCAGUGUCCUGA